AUGGCUGAUUUACCCGAAGACCGCAUUACGCCAGCACCUCCAUUUACCCACACAGGGGUUGAUUACUUCGGCCCUUUCAUCAUAAAAGAAAGACGAAAAGAAUUGAAGAGAUAUGGAGCAAUUUUUACUUGUUUGGUGAGCAGAGCUGUGCAUAUCGAAAUCGCUAAUCUCUCGAUUCAGAUUCGUUCAUUUUGGCACUUCGUCGUUUCAUAGCUCGCCGUGGUCCAGUAAGAUGUUUAAGGAGUGAUAACGGUUCAAACUUUGUUGGCGCGAAUAAAGAACUUAAACGAACCCUAGAAGAAAUGGAUCAAAAUAGUAUCCGUAUUAAACUUCGUCGAGAAGGAAUCGAAUGGCAAUUUAAUCCACCAUCGGCUAGCCACAUGGGCGGUGUGUGGGAGCGCCAAAUCAGAUCUACGAGAAAAGGUCUGGCUGGGUUGAUGUACGAGCAUGGAAGUCGUUUGGAUGAAGAGUCGUUCAGGACUUUGACAUGCGAAGUUGAAGCUGUAAUUAACUCCAGAUCAUUGACGGUGGUAUCAAAUGACCCUUCCGAUUUGCACCCACUAACUCCUAAUCACCUCCUUACAACGAAGUCUGCUGUAAUACUUCCUCCGCCUGGAAAUUUUCAGAAACACGACGUUUACCUACAUUGUCGUUGGCGAAGAGUUCAAUACCUGGUAAACCUAUUCUGGACUAGAUGGAAGAAGGAAUACCUUCUUACCCUGCAAAACCGAAGCAAAUGGCAACAACUUAAGCGUAACCUGAUGACGGGAGAUGUGGUAAUUUUGAAAGAAGAGAAUACACCUCGUAAUAUGUGGCCCUUGGGCCUAGUCGUGCACACAGAACAAGAUUCUCAAGGAUUCAUUAGGACUGUAAUGGUGAAGAUAAAAGAAACUGGGUAUAAAAGACCAAUCUCAAAGAUUGUACUUUUAUUGGCUAAAGAAGAUCAGUGA